UCCUUUUUAAGGUCCAGAUCCGACCUAUAAAAUCCGUAUUCAGUGAAACCGAGCAGCGGUGGAACUUGAAAUUGGAAGGGCGACACUCUCGUUUUUGAAAGCAGCAGCAGCAGCAGCAGCAGUAAGCGCGGCGGUGGCCAUGUCGGAGCCAAGCGAGUAUAGCCUCCGCAGCGGGCCGUACCUGGGCGAAAUAUCAGCCCUCUGUUUCCUUCACCUACCACCCCCUCAUCUCUCUUCUACUCCUUACCUCCUUGCCGGGACCGGUUCUCAGCUUCUGCUCUAUCAGUUGGAAACGGGAAAAAUGGUUAAAUCAUUUCACGUGUUCCAAGGUAUUCGAGUCCAUGGAAUUACGACUUGUAGCUCUAUUAAUGGCAAUGGCAAUGGCCAUGGCAAAGACAGAUCCUUUUCUUCUCCAAUUGACUUCAAUAUUGCUGUGUUUGGGGAAAGGAGGGUCAAACUGUUUACCUUAUCCAUUCAAAUGGAUUGCCAAUUCCAAGAUCAACCACAAGAUUUUAUUCAUUUUCAUUUGAAUUUAUUACAUUUGUUACCCAAAUUUAGUCAUUGGGUUUUGGAUGUUUGCUUCUUGAAGGACCAUGCAAGCUCUCCGCACCAAGAGAGUUGUUGUCUUGCUAUUGGGUGUAGUGACAACUCUGUCUCUUUCUGGGAUUAUUUAAAACUGAAAGCAAAUUUCCAUGUCAGAUGUCCAGAUAGGUGCCUUUUGUAUUCCAUGCGGAUUUGGGGUGAAAAGGUUGAAGCUCUUCGUAUUGCAUCUGGUACUAUUUACAAUGAGAUUAUUGUGUGGAAAGUGGUUCAUAGCAACCAUACUUCAUCAAAAAGUCCAGUGAAAGACCAUGUUAGUAUGAUCAGUUCUUUCGACAAAGGUCUCCAGUUUCAUGAUCAGCAAUACGAAUCUGUUCACAUGUGCAGACUUGCUGGACAUGAAGGUUCAAUAUUUCGCAUUGCUUGGUUCUCUGAUGGAUCCAAACUAAUAUCUGUCUCUGAUGAUCGUAGUGCUCGUCUCUGGACCGUUCAUGCUGAAAGGAAAGAAUUUGAUAAUUUCGCGGAGAUUCUUGGCUCUCACUCAGUUGGUCCUGUUUUGUUUGGACACAGUGCUCGGGUUUGGGACUGCUGUAUAUUUGACUCUUUAAUAGUCACUGCUGGCGAGGAUUGUACAUGUCGUGUGUGGGGACUGGAUGGUAACCAGCUUAAGAUGAUAAGGGAGCACAUGUAUGCUUUUAGUUCAAAUAGUCCAGUGCCACUUGCUGCAGUAGGAGUCUCAAUUGCUAUUUUCAAUCAAGCGUCAAAGGUUACCAUUUUUCCACUUGUCAGCAUUACCACUUCUUUUGUUGCUGAGGAAGAUACUGUUGGUAGAAUAAACAGAGAGGCUCUCGAAGAUGAGAAUACAGAAAAGAUUUCAGCCAAAAAGAAUGAAAUGAAACAGUUGACACUGGAAGGUGUUGUGCUUGAGAACCUGGAAGAGGGUUUAGGCACAAUCUGUGAAAUGAAAGAGUUGAUGCCAGAAGAAGGUGGCAAAGAAUUUGUGUUGUUAAUAAGAAACAUGAUACUGAUGAUUACGAGGAAAGCUUCAACCUUUAAAAAGCAUAUUUUCAAGUUGGAUGCACUUGGGGUGGAGAUACUGCAGAUUGCAUUCCCUGCAGCGCUGGCAUUAGCUGCUGACCCCAUUGCUUCUUUAAUUGACACAGCAUUCAUUGGCCGCUUAGGGUUAAAUGUGUCACAAUUUAAAAGUCAAGGAACAAAGUAUGAUCCAAGUGUUGAGGAGUGGUCUGCAUCAAGUCUUCUUGGGGAACAUGUUGGAGGAUCAGCAGUGAGAUCUAUAUGUUUUGUUUCAAAGAUACAUAAACUUGCAGCAGAUGUGACCAACAUGCCUAAUGGGAUAAAUAGACUAAAUGCUGACUUGGGGGAUAGAGAGAAUCCUUGCUUACUAAUUUCAGUUGGUGCAAAGCGAGUUCUCACUUGUUGGAAACAAAAGAAUAGAAUAACAAAAUUCGAGGAAGAAGCUAGUAUGACUAAACCACAUGAUGCAACUGGAAGUGGCUUUAAGCCAUCAUCACGAAUGUUCUCACCAAUGUCGUUCCAGUGGCUUUCCACUGACAUGCCAAACAAGUAUUAUAGCACCUGUGAAAUAAGAGAGAACACUGAGAAAGUAGGAACAGCUGAAAAUGUUGUGGGUUCUGAUGCAGCAUAUGCAUCACCUUUUCCAGAAGCCAGGAAGAUAGAAUCAAAAAUCUACCUUGGAGAUAAAUAUGAAAAUGACUGGAGAUACCUGGCUGUUACUGCUUUUCUCGUUGAGGUUACUUAUUCCAGGUUAACUGUCUGUUUCAUUAUUGUUGCUUGUUCAGAUGCCACACUUGCAUUACGAGCUCUCUUAUUACCCUAUAGGCUUUGGUUUGAUGUUGCAUUAUUGGUUCCCCUACCAUCACCCGUUUUGGCAUUGCAGCAUAUCAUUAUUCCUAUGGGUUUGCCUUCUGAAGAUAAUGUUCAGACUGGAAGCGUGUAUCUUUUAAUUAGUGGAUCUACUGAUGGGAGUAUUACCUUUUGGGAUUUGACUGAAAGUGUUGAAAAUUUUAUCCGGUCAGUGUCAGAUUUUCAUAUAGAAAAGUCUAUUGAUUGUCAGAAAAGGCCACGCACGGGAAGAGGAAGUCAAGGUGGGCGAUGGUGGAAAGCAUUGGGCAGUGGCAUCUCUACUAAAAACCGAGGUGAUAAUUCAGUCACGGCAAGAACCAUUGAGGGAACUGGCAAAAAUAUGCUAAAUACUGUUGGUUGUGGAACCCCAUCAAAGUGUACUGAUUCUGAAAGAGGUGCAACAGCUUGCACUCAGCCUAUCUAUACUCCUUCCAUAGAAGAAGAGAAGUUGGCUGAUUCAUCGUUGGAAUUAUGUAGAAUAUGGCCCUUGAAAAUUUUGAAUAACAUUCACCAAUCUGGGGUCAAUUGUCUCCACAUUUCUAGUAUCCAGAAUAACAGAGGUUCCAACUUUGCCUAUAUGUACUAUGCUUUAAGUGGGGGUGAUGAUCAAGCACUUCACUGUCUUGGGUUUGAUUUGCAAAUUCUACCGUCAAACCAGUACUCCGAGAACCAGGAUCAUGACAUUGGUCACGGUGUUAGUGAAUCUAUGAAUAACUUCAUUCACCAUGGUCAGAACCAAAACUACAGUAUCAGAUUUUUCUAUCAUGACAAAGUUGCAUCAGCUCACAGCUCUUCUGUAAAAGGAAUCUGGACAGACGGGUGUUGGGUGUUCUCUACUGGUCUUGAUCAGCGGAUAAGGUGUUGGCUCCUUGACGAGCAUGGAAAACUAAAAGAGUAUGCUUGUUUAAUCAUUAGUGUGCCAGAGCCAGAAGCAUUGGAUGCUAGAACCUGGGGCAAAGACUCUUAUCAGAUCAUAGUUGCUGGCAGAGGGAUGCAAAUGGUUGAGUUCUCCACCUCCUGUGGCAUGGAUAAUGGAGACUGAGUCCAUGGGCGGGGUUAUGCGUCAAGUAGACUGAAACUUCGAAUUUUUUUUUAGGAAUUAUGAGCCUUUUUUGAAAGGUUUUCAUAAAUACACCAUUAUAGUAGUUCAGAAAAAUAUAUUUAUCGACAAAAAAAAAUGUUUUAAAAAAGUAAUUAAUCCUAUGUUUGUCAUAAUUUUAUGAGUAAUGCUAUAGACUUCAAAAGUUCUAUUAAAAUUUAUACCAAAUGUUUCGCAUGGGUGUGAGACCCACACCAUAUGAGUCUCACACCCAUAUAAGACAUUUGAUAGAACUUUUGGGAUUUCUAGCAUUUUUGUAAUUUUAUACCACUUUUUGUUUAGCACUGAUAACUAUUAAUGGUUGAAUACAGUGCCGGCUUAAGCAUUAAGGCAGGUAAAGCAUGUGCUUUAGGAUUCAAAAUUGUGCGAAAGCCCCAAAAUUUUGGGAAUAUUCUCGAAGGCCAAGAAACCUGACGCCUUCUUGGAUGAAGGAUUCUAAGGAUAACUUUAGGUUUUUACAAGAAACCUCCAGGCUAGAGUGAAUCUCUUGUAAACGAGAGUGGAUUAUUUAGGAUAGCAAUAGUGAAUCUCUUCUAUUCAGGGCCACCCAAAGUUGGACAUUUCAUAUUUUAACUCUAUUAAUUUUAUUUGCCUAUUUGGUCUUUGCAAGUUUUCGUGGGCUUGCUUUGGUAGAUGUGUCAGUGACUAGUGUAUGGGAGAGAAGGAUAAAAAGGAAAGUCGGAGUAAAAAUGGUUGUUGAGUAAGGAUUUUAUGCAUCUCCAUACAUAGACUAACACAAAGAAACAGCCAGCCUCCUUCAUAUACUGAAAGUGCCAUGGCUGAGCCUGGCCCUGGAGGGACCAGAAUGCCUUCAUUUUGGAGAAUUGUAUUUAUUUGGUGUUUCUUCUUUCUGUAAAUUAAUGGUUUAUUUUUUAUGGAUGAUUAGUAUUGAGCUUA